GCCCGCGCCGGAGCUGCGGACACCCGUUGUCGCCGUCGCCGCCACCGCCACCGCCACCUCGGCUUCUGCCGCCACCGCCGCUGUCAGUCGUCACCAUGAACCAGGAUCUUCGCAGGGAGCGGGACGGCGCCAGCUUCAACCCGGAGCUGCUCACGCACGUCCUGGACGGCAGCCCCGAGAACACCCGGCGUCGCCGAGAGAUCGAGAACCUGAUUCUGAAUGACCCAGACUUCCAGCACGAGGACUUGAAUUUCCUCAGGCGCAGCCAGCGCUACGAGGUGGCUGUUAAGAAGAGCGCCGCCAUGGUGAAGAAGAUGAGGGAGUUUGGCAUCUCAGACCCUGACGAGAUCCUGUGGUUUAAAAAACUUCAUUUGGUCAAUUUUGUGGAACCUGUGGGCAUCAAUUACUCCAUGUUUAUUCCUACCUUGCUGAAUCAGGGUACCACUGCUCAGCAAGAGAAAUGGCUGCUCUCCUCCCAAGGACUCGAGAUAAUUGGCUCCUACACCCAGACGGAAAUGGGCCACGGAACUCAUCUCCGAGGGUUGGAAACCACAGCCACUUAUGACCCUGAGACUCAGGAGUUCAUUCUCAACAGCCCUACUGUGACCUCCAUCAAGUGGUGGCCUGGUGGACUCGGAAAGACUUCAAAUCAUGCGAUAGUUCUUGCCCAGCUCAUCACAAAGGGGAAGUGCUAUGGAUUACAUGCCUUCAUCACACCUAUUCGUGAAAUCGGGACCCAUAAGCCUUUACCAGGUAUUACUGUUGGAGAUAUCGGCCCCAAAUUUGGCUUUGAUGAGAUAGAUAAUGGCUACCUGAAGAUGGACAAUUACCGGAUUCCCAGAGAAAACAUGCUGAUGAAGUAUGCCCAGGUGAAGCCUGAUGGCACGUACGUGAAGCCCGUGAGUAACAAGCUGACCUACGGGACCAUGGUGUUCAUCAGGUCCUUCCUCGUAGGAGAAGCCGCUCGGUUUCUAUCCAAGGCCUGCACCAUUGCCAUCAGAUACAGCGCCGUGAGGCAUCAGUCUGAAAUCGAGCCAGGUGAACCAGAACCACAUAUUUUGGAAUUUCAGACCCAGCAGUAUAAACUCUUCCCGCUCCUGGCUACUGCCUAUGCCUUCCAGUUUGUCGGCGCAUACAUGAAGGAGACCUAUCAUCGGAUUAACGAGGACAUUGGCCAAGGGGACCUGAGUGAACUGCCCGAGCUCCACGCGCUCACCGCCGGCCUAAAGGCUUUCACCUCCUGGACCACCAGCGCUGCUAUCGAAGCUUGUCGGAUGGCUUGCGGCGGCCAUGGCUAUUCUCACUGCAGUGGCCUUCCAAACAUGUAUGUCACUUUUACCCCCACCUGCACCUUCGAGGGAGAGAACACUGUCAUGAUGCUGCAGACGGCGAGGUUCCUGAUGAAAAGUUAUGACCAGGUGCACUCAGGAAAGUUGGUAUGUGGCAUGGUGUCCUACUUGAAUGACCUGCCCAGUCAGCGCAUCCAGCCACAGCAGGUAGCGGUCUGGCCGACGGUGGUGGACCUCGACAGCCCCGACAGCCUAAUGGAAGCCUAUAAACUCCGUGCGGCCAGAUUAGUAGAAAUUGCUGCGAAAAACCUUCAAAAAGAAAAGAUUCACAGAAAAAGCAAGGAGGUAGCAUGGAACCUAACUUCCGUUGACCUUGUUCGAGCAAGCGAGGCACAUUGCCACUAUGUGGUAGUUAAGCUCUUUUCAGAAAAACUCCUCAAAAUCCAAGAUAAGUCCAUCCACGCUGUCUUGAAGAAUUUGUGUCUCUUGUACUGCCUGGAUGGGAUCAGCCAGAAGGCAGGGGAUUUUCUGCAGGGAAGCAUCAUGACGGAGUCUCAGAUCACCCAAGUAAAUCAGCGCAUCAAGGAGCUGCUGACUGUGAUUCGCCCAGAUGCUGUUGCUUUGGUUGAUGCGUUUGACUUUCAGGAUGUGACACUUGGCUCCGUGCUUGGCCGUUAUGAUGGGAACGUGUAUGAAAAUUUAUUUGAGUGGGCCAAGAAAUCCCCACUGAACCAAACAGAGGUCCAUGAAUCUUAUCACAAGUAUUUGAAGCCCCUGCAGUCCAAGCUCUGAAGGGUCAUGAUGAGAAGUUUUAUUUGCUCUAGAAAGCAGCUGUCCUCCACUCCCCUUAUACUCGGCACACCAAACGGCUUGGAAUCUCUAUCAAAUUCAGAGAGCUCUAGAGCAAAUGACAAAUUGAGCCCUUUCCUCUUUUUAUAAAUGAAGAAAAAAAAUGAACAAGUUUCAGAGAUUAAAUGAGAAAAACAGAUGUGUUUUAAGUGCAAUUAACACUGCAAGAGACGUAUCAAGCAUCAGAAAAAGCUUUAAGAAACGCAGCAUGACUCCUAUUUGCAGUGCUGCUGGUCCCAGUAGGCCGUGACUUUUGAUAACUAGUAGAAUUUAACUACUGAGUAGUUAAUUAUUUUCACCUCUUCAUUGCUAAUCCCUGGAUAUAUUAAGUGUUUUUAAGCAAAGGUAUUUUUUAAGAGGGGUAGAUGCAACCCUUCCCAGCUUUUCUGUUAAACGUCCCCAUCAUGGGCCCUGGCUCAGAAGCAGGACUGAAGAAAAGGGAUUCGGAGAAAGAAUCUAAUCAAGAAAUUUAGCGAGUGAGUCUGUGCCGGACACGUGACAUGCCCGCCUGCCCCUCUUUGCCGACCUGUGGUUUCCACCUCACCAUUCACAGUAGCAUCUUUCCAGCACGAGUUCUUCAGCACAGGCCUAGGAUAGGAUCACUGUCCCGUGGAAUUAGGAGUUAAUCUUCCUUCCAUUCGAGGGAUCCCUAAAUUAUCGGUACAGUAACAUUGCAGCUCUCUUUGUCCCAAAGUUCUUGGGAAAGGGCAAGGAGCGGAAUUAUCUCUGCAUCUGACUUCUGGCAACUGAUGGCUCCUCUGGCCUUGGUGUUUCAUCUCCCGCCCAUUCUCGGUCCUGAAAGAGAUGCUACGAAAGGGAAAGGAGGGGUCACAAUUCCUUCAUAGUAGAAUGAGUAGGGGGAGAGCUCUCUCAGUUAUGGUCACUGUGACUGUUGUGUCCAUAGUAACUGGAUACUCUGGAAAAAUCUAGAUUUUUCAGUAGUCUGUAUUGCAGUGCUUGGAGGUUACGUGUUUGGCGUUAUAGAGGUAUCACUCGGGCCACCUCUUCUACCCAGGGGUAGCACAGAAAACUCCUUUGGCGAACCAUGUCUUCAAAAUAAUCAUCGAAACUAUGGUGUAUGGAUAAAUGCCAGUUUCACAGAAUCUCUUUCUUACUCUACAUUGGCUUUCAGUCUGUUCCUAGGAGAUUGCUCUGAAUUGCAGCAAUGUCCUUUGAGCCAAAAUCUAAUUUACACAAUCAUUCUGCAUUUAAAAGUUAAACAUGCACCUCCUGAUGAACUUUUUCCUUAAAAUCGAUGUGAAGCAACACAUCACUUGAUUUUUGUUUUUUUGUCUUUUUGUUUCUUUGUUUUUUCUUUUACCUGUUAACUGUAUCUGGAACUUCUGCCUCAUGAAUCCAAUUGUUCUGUAAUCAGUCUUGAGAAUGUAGGAUAAUUCAGGGAAAUGUCAUUCCUACCUUGGGACGCAACAUAGAAUCUCUCCCAGUGGAACCAGUUAUAUGAGACUUUCAGGCCCCACAGAAAGGCUGUUGACAGAAGCCUCAGUCUUUCCACCAGGAGAGCUGAUUGGGAAUCGUAAGCAGUCUGUUAAUUUCAUUCAAAUAGAUCUUGACAGUAGUUCAGAUUCUGGGAAAUAGCAAAAUAGAUUUAAAUUGCUUAAUAUCGGCCUGUUAUGUGUAGAAUUGCUUCAGAACUAGGUUAAUUUAAAUACCUUGUUCACAGAUGAUCAUCUGUAGUCGGGACCUGAUCCAGCCUGCAUUGAUCUUGGAUCAAUCUUAGCAGGUCUGAGCAAGCUGUAGACAUGAUAGCCACCUUCAGUCCAGCACCUUGAGUUUUAUUUAAAAGCGAAAUCUGAUAUUUGAUACUGUUUUUACUAACAUUGAGAUUUUUGUCUUGAACUUCUAUUCACUGUAAUCUAAAUGUAGUAAAACCUCUCUAAUUUGCACUGUCAUGAGGGAAAGAGAGUGCCACAUUAUUAAACAUCAGCUGAAACUAUGAAAUUUUAAGGUACGGUUUUAUGAGGUUAUUAGGUUAGGUAACAGACCAAAACGGGAAGGAGUGAGGCCCACCUGAGCAGAUGGCUCUAAAUCCACCGUCACAGAUGCGGUUCCACAGAGGCUAUGCGCAAUCUCACCGGUGCAGGAGUGCGUGCUUGUCAGCUGCUCUUAAAGGAAGCAGCGUAUCCAGUUAGCUCUCCCUAAGAAGCCAGGCUUUGCUACAGAUAGGUUUCAUUCUGUCUGGUUCUUUGGUGAGCUGUUUUCACAAAAAGUACAAAGCUACGUACUCUUCUCCAAACUGAUGAUAAAUGCUGAAAGAAUGGAAGAUUUUUCUGUUAGAUGCUGAUGGAAGCCUUUUUAAAAAAGUACUAUGAACAGAACUCAGCAUUGCAAAUUUGAGGUUUAAUAGGAUUUUGGUAUUUAUAACGGAUGAAGGUUGACUUCUUCCUAAAGGGUUUGGAGCUCUACUAGAUAUUUCAGUAUUGGCCAUUAGUGAUCUCAGAGCAUAGUUGGUUACAACUGUUGGGGGCCUUCCACGUUCUUGUCUUCAGGACAUGGCAGUGCUAGGUACCAGCUUAUCUUCAGAACAUUGGCUUAAUUGUAGCAUUAGCUAUGUUCACAUACUCCCCGGGAGCUCCCUGCCUGUAAUUUCAGAUCACAUAUACCUGGAGGCAUUUUAUAGUUUCUAAAGUUAACGUGUCAGAUCUUAUUUUUUGGAUUUUCUUCAGUGCAGGGCUUUGGCUGGAGAAUAACUGUUCAAAUUCAUGGGGAACAGGAAUUCUUUGAAUAACUGCAGCUCACCAUUCCCUCCUGCCCCUUUCUGAGCCCUUUCCACCUAUCUUCCUAGGAGAGAAGAGAUUAGAUGCAGUCUGCACACAUGCUAAUCUUUACAGAUGUGGGAGGUAUGCCCAGGUCACCGGUUGCCUCCAAGCAGUGCCAGGAAAUAGGUUCUACAUGAGACCAACAAAAGUCUAUUGUUGAUUCUCCUUACUCAGGAUAAAGGUUUUGAUCAUUUUCAUGAAAUAGUAUGGAGGUCAUUUCAGCUAACUAGUACUCCAUUCUUGGAGGAUUUGACCAAGUCACACUGUAAACUACUAAAAUGACUUUUUGUUUUAAAAUACCACUAGACUUUUGCUUUUAGAUGUACACUAAAUUUCUCACUACCUAUUCCUGUGCUCCGUGAUUGUAAACAUAGAAAUAUGAGGAACCUUUAGAGUUACCAGGUGUUAGCUGUUGCAAACCUGCAAAUUCCUAGAUCUCGGGUUUUUGUUUCAUUUUUACCUUGCUUUACAUGUAAUUGGACCAUUGAUUAUCUUAGGAGGAUCAUGAAAAAUUGGGGAGUGGUUUUAAGAAUUCUGAGCCAAAAUAAGUUGUUUUGCCACAAUACUGUCGACUGUUUCAUAGAUUAGGUAGCAAAUACAUGAUCUUCCACAUAAUGUUCAGACUAUUACUUUGUAAACAUUUUAUUUCCAAUCGCUGUGGAUUCAAGGAAAUUACUUGUAUUCUUCAGAGUGUCUAAUUACCUGCUACCUAUUUCCCUUUUACUGUUAGGGUUUGCAUUUGGUUCCUACCUGACAAGAUGCAGUUAGCGUGCAUUGUUACCCAUCCCCGGCGGAACCGGCCAGUAAAGGUGGGAGCACCGAGGAGGUGCAGGGGUCUAGAACUUGUGAACCAUGAUUAGGCAGCCGUGCCCUGCCAGCCUUGUUUGGCUUGGGCUGCGGGUAAGCCAAACCAUAAAACCGCUCUUUCCUUUGUAAAGUUUGACAAGACCCUUAAUAAAACCGGUAAUUAACACAGAA